UGGCCCCGGGGACAGGGCCCUGGACACCGCGCGGCUUCAGCCAUCGUCAUCACCAGCGGCAAUGAAGGGGCCGGACACACAAGCUGAACUAACUCAAGACAUGGCGGACCUGAGUGACGUGACAGAUGACACUUACGAUGAAGUGCCACCUUAUCUCAGAGAGGAGCCUCUGGAAGAGUCCAACAAGGAACAUCCUGUGCAGGCACCCGGGGUGAUCUGGAGAAUGACCGGUGGCCUCUACAGUAUCACAAGAGGAGCUGUGGGUGCUACACUGGGUGGUGUGGCUUGGGUUGGAAGCAAAAGUUUUGAGCUAACCAAAACAGCUGUGAUUACUGUUCCAGCCGCUGGCGUUGGAUUAAUGAAGGGAAGUAUGUCGGCAGUGACAGGGGGUGUCAGUGCUGUGGGAUCAGCUGUAGCAAGCAAGGUCCCUUUUACACCAAAGAAAAAGGACAAAUCUGACUAAAUGUUUCAGUUAUAACUAGGGUUGGUUUUCUUUCAAAUAUUCAUCAUGAUUUUAAUAUACCCGGCAUGGCUUGGAUGCAGUGCCAAGGUAUAAGUUAUUUUUAAAAAAACAGAAGGCAACCUGUGGGAUAUGUUGCUUCAUCCUACAGUGCUCAUGCCAUGUUUCAUCAGGUCUUUGCUGUCACUUUGCUGUCAUGAUAAACUGAAGAGAUCCUCACAUGCUAUGUUGUCAGUUGAUAAGGUAUACCAUUUGCUUCUAGGCUUCCACUGGCCGAAGCAUUGGCAACAUCCUGACUGUUGUGGUUAUACCAAAUAUACAGCAUAUUUCCUGGUCCUGAUGUUUGCAACUCAGAUCUUCACAGCAUUCUGUUUCUAUUGCAGAAAAGCAUGUAUUCGCAACACCGAAAGGAAACCAGAAAUCCCUUCAAAAUCUAUCUAUUAGUUUCUUUUUAUCAUUUUAUAUGCCUGUUUUGAUCAUGUUAGUUAGUUAAUUAUUUAGUUAUAAUGGAAAUAAUUUCAGUAUUCAAGUUUUACUCAUCUGUUUGCAAUAGAACACUACAAGGGUGAAUGGGCACUUCAAAUGGAUCCAAUAUGCUGGUGGCAGGAAAUUUUGAAUGCUUUGACGAGAACAAUUAGCAUUAAGUCUUCAAAAAAUAUUUCCUAAAUGCAGUAAGUCACUUUUUUGUAUUGGCACUAAAUUGUGCUCCUAUUUUUUGUGCCUAAUUAGGUCAGUGUUGGGAGCAAUGUCGAGCUAUAGCUUUUAAUGCUUUUCCUUCGGUUGCACAUUAAGAUGUGCAACCUUAAGUCUUCACUGUGGAUUAAUGUUACUCAAUAUAAAUUACACUGGCUCAGCAUGUCAUUUCAGUAAAAUAUUGCAUACAACCCAAGAUACUAUCGCUGCUAUUUUAGUGUUUCAGUUUUGUUUAUGAUACUAUGUGGUUACCUUCCUUCCCAGCACCAAUGUUCUAUACAUCUAAUAUUUCUGAAAUGUGUCCAUAUAUUAAGAUUGAAAUAGAGAGUUGGUUGCUGUUGACCAAAAUGUUUAGUUUUUGUCUAUCAUAGAACUAUUUUUGCAAAUAUGACAUGUGAAAAGCUAUGAAUUAUACUGUAAGUCUGUAUUUUAAUGGAAAUAAAGUUUCGAAAGCUCAAACUCAAA